GUAUUUGGGUUCCCGUUUCUUUUUAUCAACUGAAGGUCAACUCCAUCUCCAUGUAUUGUACAUUUUUCUUUUUUUUAUUCAUACAUACAGAUAUACAGAUCACUUCAUUUAGAAAAUCCAACAGCCCAUGAAAAUCAUACUUGCUGUUACAUGGAUUUGUACUGUAUAUCACUUCAGAAAUAUGAGAGAAAUUGUUGUGCAUUCUGUUGUUUCUAAUACUAUAAAACAAGCCAGGUGAUCCAGCAGAUUUGAACUCUCUGUGUGCUUUCCCAAAGAUUUCCAUUUCUUCACGAUUUUUAAUAACAUUUAUAUGUAUGGAAUAUGUCAGAGAAUGGAGGGUAUUUAUACUACAUGGACUUUGCAGUAUCUGACUUUGUGCAUAAUAGCUGUAGUGUUCUGUUCCACAAAGGUUUCGGUAAUGACAAGCAAUCAAGAAGUGGAAUUAGGUGGCAAUGUCACUUUGAGAUGUACUUCAUCACAACAAUCUGAUAUUUACCAAGUUACAUGGACCAAAAAAAAGAAUGGAAAUGAUGAAAACAUUGCAACAUAUAAGAAAGAUACAGGUUCAAUUGUUUUAAAAGAUAAAGAUCGGAUCAAUUUAAUAAUUUGGAGCCUUAAAGAUACUGCUAUUAAUUUGCUGAACGUGACAACAGAAGAUAAUGGUUGCUACCAGUGUGCAUUUCUUGUGUUUCCUGUAGGACCUCACAUGGGACAACCCUGUCUUUCUGUUUAUGAUGAUCUCAAAACAUCUAUAGACUACAGCAUCUCUGGUAAUCAUUUGCAUGCCAACUGUUCAGCAACUGGUUUUCCAAGACCAAAUAUUUCAUGGGAUCCAUCAGAUGGUGUAAAGAAAGAAAAGGAUAUCACAAACCCAAAUGGCACAUUAUCGGUCAUAAGCAACAUUUCAAUAAGCAAAUCAAAGGUUGAACAAGGGCUGACUUGCAAGAUUUCUCACAGAGGAAAAAUAAAAAGAAUUAAAGUGCUAGGAAAAGGAAUAGACGAUACAAAAAAAUCUUUUCCUGUGAUACCAGUUGUAUUGGCUUUGAUUCUUGUGAUCCUGGUUAUUUUUGUGAGUGUAUGCUGCUGGAGACAACAAAGGAAAAAACAGAGAGGAUUCUAAGGGAUUCAACCCGCACCAGUCUACUCUAUGGAAUUGAAAAGCAAUCAACCAUGCAUAUUAUGAAGGCAACAACAGUUUAAAUGAAUAUGUGGUCCAAGUUCUGCUUCUCUACUUGCCUUAAAAAGAUGCUUACAUUUCUCUGUUGACAUAGUUGAGCUUUCCACACUACAGUGAAAUGGAUUGGCUGUUAGCUCCCAAAUCAUCCAGCUAAAAGAAAGAUUUCAACAGUGACCUAAAAUUUGAGAGUUUUCAGUAAUCAUGUUCAGUGGCCGAUUGUGAUCAUCCCUACUCUUAGAGAUGUGGAAGAAUGGUUAGAUUAUCAACUCUGGACCACUAAUUAGAUUCAUGCUUGGUAGCUAAAGGAAAGUAUCUUCUUCUCUGCCUUCUUCUCCCCGUCCAGUACAACGUCAAAUAUAGAUUUCCUAGAGUUUAGAACUGUACAAUUUUUAAUAGAAAACUUGUUCUAUAUUUCUAUUAUGGCAGUUCUAUCAGGAGUGGUAAAGCUUUUAAGUCUCUGCACUUAAUUUUAUUUGAAGUUGUUUGUGAAAGUUUCUGCAUAUGUGCAUUAUUUAUAAACAAAUGUCCUACAGGUAUUUCUCAUGUUAUUUUUCUAAACUAUUUGUAGAAUACUUCUUUAUACAUAUAACCAUAUAAUAUAUUUGAAUAAAAUACCACAUAGUAUAUGUGCCUAUUAGUAACAUGGAUGUGCUAAAUACGCAAUAGUCAAUCAUGCUGCUACUAUAGGAGGCAGGAGACAACUGACUAGAGAAGCUCUUAUCCAUCAGACAUAUUUUCCCUUUUAAGUAGAGAAUUCCAGAUAUUUUCUGAGGUUGACAUUCAAUGUUCUGUGCAAUACAACUUAUAGGGCUGUUCUGAAAUGAGGGAAGAAACAUACUUCACGUUUUAGCUAAAGAAUAGGUAGCUUUCAUUUAGUGAUUACAACUUAGACCAGCAACUCAAUUAUUCAGUGAACUGUUCAUUAAAUGAAACCGCACUGUGAUUACAAUUUUAUUUCACUUUUUGUUGCUUUACAGACCUGCAAGAGUUAAUAAAAUAUAAAUAUUGUAAUUUUUUUUAUCAGCAUCACAAUUUGGUAGAGUGGUUAAGGCUGGCCUAGACACCAGCAGCCUGGGAGUUCUAGUUCCACCUUGGGCAUGGGCAUGGAAACUGGCUGGGUGAUUUUGGGCCAAUCACAUG